AGUCCGGAUCGAAGGAGGAGGUGAUUGCUAUUUGUAUUUCAUUCGUUGGCUUGGUAUUUCUGCACUAGAAUUUAGCUCGUCGCAUUUUCAUGAUCUUUCAUCACCCGCCCCUCUUUACUAGGAGAUGUUUUCCUUGCGCCCUUCUGCUCGAGUCAAAUUGAUAACAGAAUGGCAUUGUCUGACAAACCGGGCGAGGCUGACAAAGCACCCAUCCCCUAAACACACCUACACUUCGUCGUCAUGAUGAGCUCAGUCCCCCAUAUGGAGAAACGAGCUGAGAUGGAAAACAAUCACACCUGAGUGAACCUUAUCGCAACAUCGGAGGACCACCCACCGCCCAACAUGUCAGCAACAAUGGAAGCGAUCGUCAUCACCAAGUUCGGCGGCCCGGAAGUCCUCGAACACAAACAAGUCCCCCGCCCAACCGCCGCCCCCGGCGAAGUCCUCCUCCGCGUCAAAGCCUUCGGCCUCAACCACGCCGAGCUGCACAUGCGCCGCGGCGAGUGGGACGAGUGGGACCCGAUCAGCGGCAUCGAGUGCGUCGGCGUGGUCGAAUCCUCCAGCCCCCCCAGCAGCAGCGAGUUGUUCCCCACCGGCGCCACCGCCGUCGCCGUCAUGGGCGGCAUGGGCCGCAACCGGCCCGGGUCCUACGGCGAGCUGGUGUCCGUCCCGGCCGCCAACGUGGCGGUCGUCCGCAGGCCGGCCGGCCUCCGCUGGGAGGACCUCGCCGCCCUGCCCGAGGCCUACUGCACCGCCUGGUCGUGCCUGUUCUCCGUGCUGGACCUGCGCCCUGGGGAGAGGCUGCUCGUGCGCGGGGCGACGUCGACGCUCGGGCAGGCGGCGCUGCACCUCGCCGUCGACGCGGGCGCAGAGGUCACGGCCACGACGAGGAGGGAGCCCCGCCUGGAGGUGCUGAGGGGCAUGGGCGCCGCGGAGGCGCGCCUGGAGGGGCCCGGGUUCGCGGACGGGUUCGACCGGCCGCCGCGGUUCGACAAGGUGCUGAACCUGGUCGGGAACAGCGUGCUGUUGGAGUCGGUCGGGCUCGCGCGGCCCGGCGGGAGGGUGCUGCAGGCCGGGUGGCUGGGGGGCCUGGAGCCGCUGGAUGGGUUUAACCCCAUGUUGCAGAUGGAGACGGGCGUGCACUUUAGCUUGUUCCAUAGCAAGGUGUUGGGAGGCCCUGACUUCCCGCUGAAGGGCAUCCCGCUGCAGGAUAUUGUGGACAAGAUCGCCCGGGGGGGGUGGGAUGCCAAGCCGGCUCGGGUGUUUGAGUACGGCGCCAUACGGGAGGCGCACAGGUUGUUGGAUUCGCAUGAUGCGGGGGGCAAGAUUGUGGUCAAGCACUGAUUUCGCGGGUCGGCUUGGUGGUGAUGCGACUUCGGGUGGGAGCUCCAGCAAGCCAACACCGCUGGACCAGACCCCUACACAACCUCCUGUCAAAUAAAAACACCCGUUGUCAAAUCACUUGGCUAGUGGGUGGAUAGUACCAGUGCGUUUAAUGGCUCACCUUUGCCGUAUAUCCGUCGUCGGAUCUAAAAAGGGGCUUGCCAAAUCGGGGUGGUGACU